AAAUGGCGUUGGCACAAAAGUAAUUCUCCAGGACAGCCAAACCAUCUCCUCCUAAUGGAUCAGUUAAAUAUGCAUCAACCUCGCACGCCAAUCCCAAAGAAGCCACUCGCUCAGCUCAUUCUCAAAAAACACACGACACCACCGAAAAUGGAAACACAAACACAACGGCCUCUCUUCCUCUCCCUCCUCUUCGCCGCCUUACUCCUCCACCUCCAACCAAUCGCCACCGUCGCUUCCUCCGACCCCGACUCCCAAUCUAACAGCACCGAUUACAUCCGCACAAGCUGCAGUGCAACAUUGUAUCCUGAAAUCUGCUUCACUUCCCUUUCCCGCUACGCCAGUGCCGUUCAGCAAAACCCUGCUCGCCUUGCCCGAGUCGCCAUAGGCUUAAGCCUUUCGCGAGCCAGACACAUGGCCUCCUACGUCUCUAACCUCUCACGCGAAGCCGACUACGGCUCCGACCAUCGAGCAGCCGCCGCCCUACACGACUGCCACUCUAACUUCGGCGACGCUGUAGACGAGAUCCACGGCUCGCUUAAGCAGAUGCAACAGCUCGGAGCAGCAGGCUCGUCGGCGGAGGCAUUCCGGUUCCGAAUGAGCAACGUGCAGACGUGGAUGAGCGCCGCAUUGACGGACGAAGAAACGUGUACGGACGGUUUUGAUGAUGUUCCGGAAGGACCGGUGAAAUCGGACGUGUGUGAACGUGCGGCGGAUGUGAAAAAAUUUACUAGUAAUGCUCUUGCUCUAGUUAAUAGUUAUGCUGCGAAAGAAAUGCCUUGACUAGUUGAUGAAUAGUUUUGUUUUCUACAGGUAGUUAAAGAUUAGGCGUCUGAAUUAAUGGAAUACGUAUUAGUAACGUAAUUAAGGAGAUAUGUUUGGUUUUGAGUGCUGUGUGAGUCUGCAGUGUGAUGUAUAUUUGCUUGUCUAGUCGAUUUUGCACUUUCUGUUUGGUGUGGUAUGUUCCUAAUCUUCUUUCCAAAGAAGAAAGAAAAUGGAACUCGUAACCGAGUUUAAUGAGUUGAUUAAACUCGAGUUAACCUGUGGAAUUUCAGAGUGCAGGGUAACUUUCUAUGUUUCCUCCUA